AUGGUGCUGACAGUGUCGCAGCAGGCCCGCUGGUCCAAGACCGGGUACCGCAGCAACAAUACGUGGCCGCUCAUCGAGGAGAAGUGGCCGGCGAACACAAUCGGCUACCAGUUCGGCGACCCAUCGCCCGACAAACAGAUGGUGCUCGACGCCAUGGAGGCGUGGUCCACGAAAACGUGCAUCAAGUUUGCUGAGGGCAUCGGGAACGUGCUCAACAUCAUCCAGGGCGAGGGGUGCUACACGCACGUGGGGUACCACUCCACUCGCCUGGUGAUGUCUGUGUCAGAGGUGUGCGACAGGGGCACCGUGGUGCAUCUGCUCGGCCACGUGAUCGGCCUGGUGCACCAGCACUCGCGGCCCGACCGCGAGCAGUUCGUGUCCGUGCAGUACCACAACACGGCACUGGAGGACGUGUUCUACUUCAACUACCGCGGCUACGACGACUGCCCCUACGACUACGGUUCCGUCAUGCAGUUCGACGCCUACGGGCUCAGCUACAACGGCGAGAGCGUGUUCCUGGGCAAGACACAGAACGGCACGGACGAGGACGGCCUGGUGCUGUCGUCCAUCCUCGGCACCGACUGGAGCACGCCCUCCGACAGCGACGCGGCGCUCGUCAACCGCGAGUACGGCUGUCCUCUGAAGGCGUGCAGCGAGUCGCAGCCGAAGCCGGCCGAGUGCAACCAGCACGUGGUGGCCGGCGACCCGCACUUCAACCGCGUCGUCACCUUCCAGAGCAUGAUGACGCAGCGCGAGGCGGCCAUCUCCUGCGUCUGGAAGACGGAGGUGCCCGACUCGCUGGCCUGUACGCGCGCGGCCAUCGCCGUCACCCUGUCCAGGAAGCCCGACACGGAGCUGCGCCGCGUCUGGUUCGUCAGCGGCUGCCGGCUCUUCCACGUGGAGAUCUUCGACCCGGACUCGAGCAUCAGCUACUUCUACUGCGCGGCGCAGUUCGCGCGCAAGCCGACCAAGGUGUUUGUGUCGCAGGCGCGCCGGAUCUACGGGAUGGUGCGUCUGUACCCGGCAGAUUGGCACGGCUUCCAGGAGGCUGCACUUGGCACCGGCAGCGUGCGCUUCUUCAACAUCCGGGACUUUGUGUGCGAGGGGGAGACAGGAGCAAAGUGCAUGUGA